AGAAGAUAGACUGAAGAUAGACUGAAGACAGACAGGAGAUAGACUGUAGAUAGACUGAAGAUACACUGAAAAUAGACUGAAGAUAGACAGAAGAUAGACGCCGGUGGAAGCAGAACCAUGAAGCACUUUGUAGGCUAGCAUCAGUGAUUUGAAUGUUAGUGUAGGCAGAGGAGCGCAAUGAACAGAGGGGGAACAUGAAGACCCGGCCCACCAUCGCGUUCUGGACCAUCUGUAGUGGUUUCACAGUGCAGGUCAGGAGGCCUGCUUGAGAAAACUCAUGCACAUGGGGAGAACAUGCAAACUCCAUGCAGAAAGGCCAUCGUUCUAACCAGGUCGUGAAUCCUGGUGUUAACAACAACAUCAACAGUGUGGCCCGGAAAAUCAGAGUUCCCACUACAAAUGGAAGGCACCAGGAGUCUCAACAGAAGAUGAACCGUUGUUGAGAGCAGGUGAUAACACUGUCUUCUUCUCUCCUUCUGAGGCGAGUCUUCAUGGGUGCAGGGCGACUGCGAGGAGAUCAAAAGUGCUGAAUGUCCUGUAGGCUUCAUCCGUCCUCCGCUCAUCAUGUUAUCUGUCGACGGCUUCAGAGCGUCCUACAUGAAGAAGGGGAAGUCCGUCAUUCCCAACUUAAUGAAGCUAAGAUCGUGUGGUACGUCAGCGCCGUACAUGCGACCGGUCUACCCGUCAAAGACCUUCCCAAACCUGUACACGUUAGCCACAGGUCUUUAUCCCGAGUCCCACGGGAUUGUGGGUAACACGAUGCACGACCCGGUGUUUAACGCCACCUUCAGUCUGCGCACCAGAGAGAAACUGAAACACCGCUGGUGGUUCGGGCAGCCGAUCUGGAUCACGGCAGAGAAACAAGGAGUGAAGCCCAGCACUUUCUUCUGGCCUUGGGUGAUUCCUUUAGAGCGGCGGAUCCUGACCAUCCUGCAGUGGCUUCAUCUGCCUGAUGACCAGAGGCCGUACGUCUUUGCUGUCCACUCAGAGCAGCCGGACACCUACGGACACCGGCUGGGUCCACUCAGCAGUGAGCUGGACAAUCCUCUGAGUGAGCUGGACAACAUCAUCGGUCAGCUGAUGAACGGCCUGAAGCAGAUGAACCUGCAUCGAUGCGUCAACGUCAUCAUUGUCGGAGACCACGGGAUGGAGGAGGCCCACUGUGAAAGGACGGAGUUCCUCAGCAGCUACCCCGUCAACAUAGACGAGAUCAUGCUGAUCCCCGGCUCCCUGGGCAGAAUACGACCACGCGACUCCAAAUCCAGCACAUAUGACCCCAAAGUGGUGGUGACUAACCUGACUUGCAAAAUGGCGACUCAGCACUUCAGGCCUUACCUGAAGCAGCAUUUACCAAAGAGGCUUCACUACGCCAACAACCGCCGCAUCGAGGACGUCCACCUGCUGAUGGAGAGGAAGUGGCACAUCGCCAAGAAAAUGCCCGAAAAACUGAGGACACGUUGUGGUUUCUUUGGUGACCACGGCUUUGACAACAAGAUAAACAGCAUGAGGACUAUCUUUGUGGGCCACGGACCGAGCUUCAAGUUCCAGAAGACAGUGCCAGAGUUUGAUAACAUCGAGUUAUACAACGUUAUGUGUGACUUGUUGGGGUUGACGCCGGCACCGAACAACGGGACGCACGGCAGCCUGAACGACCUGCUGCGAGAGCCGCCUCACCAGCCCAGCAUGCCCAAGGAGGUGACCCCGCCCACGCCGGCCUCCGAUCCCGAGGUCACAGUGACACAUGACCUCGGCUGCAGCUGCGACGAAGAGAACAAAGUGGAGGAAACGAUCGAAGCCUUCAGUCCUUCACCUGACGCCGGUUACAGCUACAACACCACCCACCUGCCCUUUGGUCGUCCCGCUGUGAUGUUUGACACCAGCUACACGUUGCUCCAUCAUGUGGAGUUCAUCAGUGGUUACAGUAAGGAGCUGGCGAUGCCUCUGUGGACGUCAUUCACACUGCCACGACAGGAGGACAUGACCCCUGUUCCUGAGGUGUCCAUGGGGGUCCAGUGUGUCAGAGUGGACUCCAGGUUGUCGGCGGGUCACAGUCAGAGCUGCAGCAGCUACAGUCAGAACAGCCUCUUCACCUACGGCUUCCUGUUCCCACCAGAGCUGGCGUCGUCUCCAGAGUCCAGAUACGACGCUUCACUCAUCACCAACACGGUGCCGAUGUACCCGGCCUUCAAGAGGAUGUGGAGUUACCUGCAGGGGACGCUGCUGAGGCGCUACGCGGAGGAGAACAACGGCGUCAACGUCCUCACCGGGCCGCUCUUUGAUUUCAACUACGACGGCCUCCGUGACACCACUGAGACCAUACUAGAGUUUUCACCGGAUGCUCCACCCAUUCCCACCCACUUCUACACGGUGGUGACGAGCUGCGCGGAGCAGAACCAGACGGUGGAGGAUUGUGACGGGGCGCUCAGCGUCUUCUCCUUCCUGCUGCCGCACAGACCCGACAACAGCGAAGCCUGUAACAGCGCCGAGGACGAGUCCCUGUGGGUUGAAGACCUGCUGAAGCUCCACACCGCCCGAGUCCGAGAUGUGGAGAUCCUGACGGGUCUGGACCUUUACCGAUCCAACAAUCUGACCUACACCAGCGUCCUGAGCCUGAAAACCCACCUGCACACUUUUGAGAGUGACGACUAGAUACACACACACACACACACACACGUAGAGGAUAUAGCCGUUGUUGUUUUUCUUUUGUUGAAGUCCUGUGUCUUCACCACGUGUUCACGACUUGCUCCUGAGGAACUGCCCGGGACGUUCUUGGAAAGACUGAAGCACAUUUUUGAGUUUUGAAAAGAUCCAGAGAGGUGGUGAAUGCUGAAAGAUUGAAACAGGAAUAUUUAGUAUUAUCUAUAUAUGAAACCUGAGAGAGAAGAAGCUCGCGCCAGAGUAAAGCAGGAUUUCUUUGUCUAACAACUCUCAUAAAUGCAGUAGAAAAACUUCAUCCUCGUUCACAAGUAAAGGACUGUACCAGUGUUUUAGCUCCAUAAUUAUUGAUAUUACGUCACUCAACUGCAUAUUUUUACUGACCAUUUAUUGCAUGUGUAGCAUUGAUAAAAAACAUGAUGUUAACUUUCUAAUUUAGUUUAGUCUUUGUAGCUUAAUAAUAUAACGGAUCAUGGCCAGGAAUCUGCUUAGUGAGAACUUACGGCUAAUCUUUUCUCUUAGCUUAGCUUAGCACAAAUGGGGACUGGAAACAGCUAGCACUUUUCAAAAUUCAACAUGUUACAUCUCACUUGUUUAACUGGGCAGAACCAUGUUAGUAUGUGUCCCCCUCCCCCCCAAUUUCUCUGUAUUUGUGUUCAGCCACGCUAAGUCAAGCAUCUCCGCACACAUGUCAUAUUAAUAACUCUCAUUUAAAUUUACAAGAAAAUAGUAUUUCCCAGACUCAAAUUCAGUUUUGUGCCACCAUUUUUAGAUCUAUAGCUCCAAAACGUAACUCCAAAAAAUAUAUUGGGUUUUUUCUCUGCCAUUCUUAUGCUACAUGCCUGCUAGCAUGAUUUUAUGUUAGCCUAAGUGUGUUUUCGUCUCAACUUCUCCACAAGUGAUGAGAAGCUAGGCUAACUGCUACAGACUAUGGUCCAAAACACUGUUGAGACUGACUUUAGCUCGUGGCUUUAAGAGUCUCAAUACAUGCCAGCUAGCUUAUAUGCUAAAUGAAACAAUUUCCCACAAGUGUGAAGUACAGUACAUUGUACUUCACAAACAAAAUAUAAUUCAAGUUUAUUUUAAAUUUCAAAGUAUCUGAUAAAUCUGCAGCCACUUUCACUAAAUUGAGUGAAAUUUGAAAAAAUGGCCAAAAUUUUCGAAUUCUGUACUUAAAAUUAGUAAAUGUUUUGUUGUUGAAAAUCAAUUUUUUGCAGUGUUUAGACAUCGUAGUACUUUGUAGUACUCCAGCCGGACAAUACGACCAAAGAAUUAGCAGAUAGCGAUAAUUAUUGUGAUAGAGGUUUUUGAUCCUGAUUCAAAGUUAUUAAAAACGCUUACUUGAGGUUUGAAAUGACAGGAAAAAGAAACUUCUUAUGAACCUACAAUUGAACACCUAUAUCCAUUUAAACUUUAUUAUUAAUACAAUGAACGUGAAGAAAUGUAUAUUUUGCCAUUCCCUUAAACAAAAAUCUGUCAUCAUUCAAAUAAAUCUUUUUUCUCUCA